AUGGCUCUAAAGGAACUAGAGUCAGAUUUGUUGUGCUUGAGUAUGCAUACUGCAAUGUAUGACAACAAUGGUGAGAAGUUGGUUAGUAGUGGUGAUGAGAAACAGGUUAUAAAGUUUAAACUGGAUGAUAUCUUUAGCCACCAGCAGGGAAAUAAGGUUGUUCUAAGAGUUUCCAAUCCAGAAAGAGUUUCCAAUCCAGGUACAAGGGUUGGCGAUGUUGAAUUUGAGGAAAAGAAGUUUGAAAAUACUGAGAAAUUGGGACCAAGAAGGUACAGGAAAUUUGGGUAUAUGAGCACACAUGAAACUGGGGAGGACAAUGAUCAUUCAAAGAAUCAUGUAGUGAAGAUAAAGGAGCUUACAGCGGAUUCGAGCAAUCUACACCAGGUUUAA